AUGAAGCCGAACACAGCGCUCCUCACUCGGAUCCGACAGGAGAGAAAAGCCGCCUCAGUCCUCUCCCUCCCUCUUAGGAGGAAAAAAAGUGACCGCUGUUUGACGUUCAGGGACUCCGAGGUCCUCCUCCUUCCGAUCAGGAACAGAGACCCAAAGAGCCGAGAGAGACACAACAAGAACCAGCCGAGAUCCCACAGCUGUGAGGAGCAAACUUAUCGUGACUUUGCAGAUCCAGAGAGAGCCAAAGUGUCUCUAUUAGUUUCCUUUCUUUGCCUCCAUUCGGAUCCACAGAGGAGACAUGAAGAUGAGGGCUGAGCAGAGCAACAGUGCCCCCAUGUGGAGAGAAGGAGACAGGAGAUGGCACCGUGUCAAGAGAGAGAGGGGUUACAUGGAGUGUAAAAUGAGCAGAUUAAUCUGUCUGACAGACUCUGAGAUUUAAUCAACGAGCUUUUUUUCUUUCUCAAGGUUUCAUGGGACAGGUGAGGAGUGCUGCACAUUUGUUGUCCUUAUAAACGAGAUUUUUCACCCACAGGUGGUCAUUUACAACCCCAGACACACAACUGAUCAUAUAAUAUGUUUGUGUGAGAGUGUUACAAGUCAACAGAGUCUGUAAAUAUAAAAUACAGCUGAUGUUGUCAUAUAAACUUUAUAAUAACAGAGUAUUCAGCCUUCUGUUUCCCUGACAAACAAGUCCAGAUUCAUAAGGAUUCAUGUGAAAAAUCACUGAUCUACCAGGGGCGUAUCCACCUGUUUUCAGUCUGGGUGCCCCAGCCCAGGUGGGGUGGCCGUGGUAUAAUAGAAUUAACCCUCUCUGUCUUCACUAUCAGCAUUAUUUACUCUAAAUUAUCAUAUCGUCAUCUACUAUCAGACAGUUUUCAGACAGAUUUAACCAAGAUAUGGGUGCAGUGUUAGUUCAGGCAGGUUUAAAGGUAGAGUAGGCAGGAUUAUGUGAAAGAAGCAUCAAAUUGUUGACCUCGGGUCCUGGACUAUGUCACUUUAUCCUAGUUGUAGAAGUCCUGCAAACAUUGUGUUUGCUGGUAGUCUGUUGGCAUCUACAGUAGCACCACUGCUUUUGACUUUCACCUUGACUGGGCCCCAUUUGUAAUUAUCUGAAGUAUUUAUCUGCAUUAUAUCUGAAUUUGAUUGGAACGAUACGAGCGAGUAGGAGCGUCUGUUUGUGGGUGGGGCUUGCUGGAGCAGAGAGGGAGGGGAGAGGAGGAGCUGAGGGGAAAACUGGUUGGGAGGGGUAGAGUUUACAUUCAAGAUUUCUCCUAAAAACUGGAACUAACUCAGAUCCUGACAACAACACCUUUACAAAUUCAAGGUUGAUCAGCUGAUUUAAACAACAGCCCAAAUCAGCUGACAGUCCAGACAACUACCUUCCAUCCAACCAAUCAGCAAACGCCAAAAAAGGCCUUUAAAUACUUGUCUGAUAAUCAACCAACCAAUCAAAUCUGUAAUCUGAAAGUUUGUAUCCUCACAGGAUCCAGGACGUCCAAAUCUUUCUACUCAAAGCAUUCUGGGACUUAAAAAAACUCAUUUACUCUCCACAGACUGAGAAACAGACGAGCUUCAGGAAACGCUUUAAGUCUCUCACUCCUGCUUUAAACUCGCCGCAUACCUGCAGCAAAUCAUCCCACAUUUACCUUUCAAUUAAAACCGGUUUAAACGCCCAGAUGCUGCACGCUGUGAUCACUGAGCACGCUCAGACAGACGGCGCAGACUCCCGCCUCUGCAAAAUAUUUUACCAUUGAUUUCCAAGAAAGGUUGUUUUUUUUUUUUUCACAGAGGAAGAAAAAGAAAGCUGCUGCCAUGUGUUUCUGCACAUCAAAUCCAUCUCCGGCUCUGGCACAGCAGCUCCAGCAGAUGCAAUUCAAUUUUCAGCCGCUGUACUGAUGUGAUUACGAAGAGGAAGAAACGGAGGAAUAAGAAAGAGACGGGCAGAGACAGAUCCAUCAAACUUUCAGGGACUCCUGACGCAGGACGAUUUAAGGUGGACUGAAUAUGUAGGAGAUCUUUACGGCUGAUCGUGUAAAAAUCAUGAAUGCAGAUGCACUUCUUGACCCUGAAGCGUGGCCUGACUCGACUUUUACUGCCGUAUCUCCUUACAAGAG